ACCAUCUCAUACGCAUCUGACGCAAUCACUAGAGCUAAAAGUUUUCUUCUGAGAGAUCAACCAAGUCUUUCUAUAUCAUCAGCUAGUCUCUGAGUCCUUGGUCAUACCCGCACAAGGCUAGGGCAUGCAUCGAUCUUGGUCACUCGUUCUGCCUUUAGGUCUCAUCGCCUUGCUUUUUGCCUCUGUUGCUGAAGCUGCUGCCGUGGAGCACACCUUCAAUGUCGGGAACCUUUCUAUUAGCCAGCUAUGCCAGCCGGCGAGGAUCAUCACGGCGGUGAACGGCCAGCUCCCCGGACCGACCAUCGAGGCCUGCGAGGGCGACACGGUGGUUGUUCACCUCGUGAACGAGUCACCCUACAACAUGACCAUCCACUGGCACGGGAUAUUCCAGCGCGGCACGCCGUGGGCCGACGGUCCGGCGAUGGUGACGCAGUGCCCCGUCAAGCCCGGCGCCACCUACACCUACCGCUUCAACGCGACGGACCAGGAGGGCACGUUGUGGUGGCAUGCCCACAUCUCCUUACUCCGCGCCACCGUCUACGGCGCCCUGGUCCUCCGACCCCGAGGCGGCGCCGGCGCCUACCCGUUCCCCAAGCCCCACGGGGAGGAGACCGUCCUUCUCGGCGAGUGGUGGAACGCCAACGUCCACGACCUCGAUGACAUGGCGUUCCUCACCGGCAACCCGCCGCGGAACGCUGACGCCUACACCAUCAACGGCAAGUCGGGAGACUUCUACAACUGCUCCAACGCCAACGAGACGUACAGGUUCCAGGUGCGGCGCAACGAGACGUACCUGCUCCGGAUCAUCAAUGCCGCGCUCAACACGCCCAUGUUCUUCAAGGUGGCGAACCACAGCUUCACCGUCGUCGGAGCUGACGCCGCCUACACCACGCCGUACGAGACCGACGUGGUGGUGGUCGCGCCGGGCCAGACCGUGGACGCGCUCAUGGUCGCCGGCGCCGCCGUUGGGCGCUACUACAUGGCGGCGUCCCCGUACGACAGCGCCAUCCCGGUGGGGCCACCGUUCAGCAUGAGCACUGCCACCGCCAUCGUCGAGUACGCUGGCUCGGCCGCGGAGGCGCCGCCACAGCUGCCAUCGCGGCCGGAGUACAACGACACCGACACGGCGUUCCGUUUCCUGUCCAACCUGACGGCGCUGGUGCUCCCCGGCAAGCCGACGGUGCCGCUGUCCGUGGACACCCGCAUGUUCGUCACCGUCGGGCUCGGCAACUCCGACUGCCUGCCGAAGCAGCUGCUGUGCAACACGACGGGGACCAGAAUGCCCAUCUUCUCGGCGAGCAUGAACAACGCGUCCUUCGUGCUCCCCGAGUCGGUCUCCAUGCUCCAGGCGCACUACGCGAACGCGUCGGCUGGCGUCUACACCCGCGACUUCCCCGACCGGCCGCCGGUGAUCUUCGACUACACGGCCGACGCCAGCGACAACGCCACGCUCAAGUACACGCCCAAGUCGACUAAGGUGAAGACGCUGAGGUACAACGAGACGGUGGAGAUGGUGCUGCAGAACACGCGGCUGAUCGCCAAGGAGAGCCACCCCAUGCACCUCCACGGCUUCAACUUCUUCGUGCUCGCGCAGGGCUUCGGCAACUACAACGAGGCGGCAGCAAAGCCACAGUUCAACCUCGUUAACCCGCAGGAGCGCAACACCGUCGCCGUACCCACUGGCGGCUGGGCCGUCAUCCGCUUCCUUGCAAACAAUCCUGGGAUGUGGUUCAUGCACUGCCACUUCGAUGCUCAUCUUGAUUUGGGGUUGGCAAUGGUGUUUGAGGUCCAGGACGGGCCGACGGCGGAAACAUCGGUGCCGCCACCUCCAUUGGACCUACCACAGUGCUAAUUAACCAUCCUUGUCAAAUGUGUGGUUUGUUGGAAUUGGGAUGGAUGGACAUGUCAACAGAAGAAGCGUAGAACCUUGGCUUGCUAUGAGGUUGUAGUAGUUUGAUCAUUAUUUGUAAGUAAUGAGAUUGUAGUGGUUUGAUUGAUAUAACCUGCAUAGGGAGAACACACGUUUUUUCUGUGUAGUAGCUCGAGUCAAAGAUAUGAUUGUUUGCGUUUGGUGAAUAAAUAAAUGACAUGUCAACGGGGUGAAGAGGCUUGGAUUCCUAAAUUUCAGCUGUGACAUUUGAAUAUUAUUUUCA